AUGAAUCCCGCAGAAGCCCAGAGAUCCCCACUAGUGGGAUCGACUCCAAAUGGGGGGCGUCAUUUCCUCGAACUCCCCGACGAACUCCUUGUCCAGAUCGUUUCCUAUCUCCCUCCACGCUCCGCGAUCCCUCUCCACUCCACCUGCCGCCGUCUUCGCGGCUUCACCCGGCAAGAUUCUGCAUUAUGGCGGUCGCUCUGCGCUUACCAAGAAGCGGUUGACGCUCAUCCUGCCUUUGUUCCUACUCCGCCUCCAAGUCCUCCCGGGAGUAAUAAUAACACAACACCUCAAAAUCCGGUUCCUGCAACGGCUACAUCUUGGCCUAUCCCUGGGAUAAGGGACGCCGAAAAGAUCGAUUGGUACAAUGAAUAUAAGUUUCGCCAUGCCCCGCUGAAGAUGCGGUGGUUCUGCGCGGGCGAGGAUAAGCUGGAUGUGGAAGUGGGGCUGCAAGACGAGGUGAAGGGAAUAGGUGUAUUCUCGUCCAGGGGCGGCGGAAAUAGAAAUGAUAUGUUACUUUCUAGUCUCUCGGAUGGCAGCAUCUGCAUAUGGUCAUUGAAGGACACUGCCUCUGGGAAGGGAAGAAAGGUCGUUGCAAGAUCCAGGCCGGGACUGGUAUUCAGCGACGAAGGCGACGAAAAAUGGCAGGGAAGGAGGAAGGCAAGGGAAGCAGAAAUUGUGGAUGGCGUAAGUGUGGAUGAUAUAACCGGGAAAGUAUGGGUCGCUGGAGAAGAGGGUUUGAUAGAGAUAGACCUUAACACACUCCAAAAGGUUUCUACCCAUCGCUUUCCGUUUUCGAUCACAACACUCUCUCAAACGUCGCACCCCCAUCCUCUCACAGUUGGGACCACAUUAACUCUCCAUCUCCACGAUCCGCGGGUUGCCGUUCCCGCCUCUACCGUUACAUUCAGUUCCAGUGGUACAGAUGACGAGCGUGUUCAGCCAGUGCAUAUCAACCCACAACCAUACACCUCGCAUCCAUUCCGCAAGAACUACCAUCUCCACGCCACCCUUUUCCAGCCAGGGCCAUUAAGCAUCAUCCACAGCGACCCUUGGACCGGCGCAAGCAGCGGCGACGGCGAAAUCUAUGUCGCAGGCAGAUUCUCCAGCAUCCUCUGCUACUCCCGCAGAAUGUGGCCCAAGCUCCGCGGAACCAUCCACUCUGGCGGCCGGCUCUGCGCCCUCGCCAGCAUACCGUACUUCCAUUCCCCUAUUUUCCCUCCUGGGCCCUCAUCGGGCCUAGGAGCCGAAGCCGAGGAUGACCGCGGCCAGACAACCCUCCUGGCGGCCGGGGAAUACAAUGGCCGCGGAACACUCGAGGUCUACCCCCUCACCUCGGCGCCGAGUUCAUUCCCAAGCCCGCUGGUUCCCGCCGCCACGGACGCGAUCAAGAACCGCCAGACCGCAUCACGGUCUAAAGUAAUGACAGUAGCCUCGCACGGCGCGCGCAUCGUAACCGGUGAUGCGGACGGUAUCAUCAAGUGGGUUGAGCGCGACGGCAGGAAGCUGGCCCGCGCAUACGUCGUCGAGCCACCUAGCAUACGAAAGAAAAGCGAAGGCCUAUGGGGGGGCGGCGGAGAUGCGGCGGCGGCCACCACCGGUGGGGGCCUCAGUGUGAGAGGCGGGGGCGGGGGCGAGGUCGUACGUAAGGUUAUUGUUGCCAAGCAGGGCGGUGAAGAGCUGGUUGUGUGGGCCGGGAACCGGAUAGGUGUCCUGGGCACAUUUGGAGCCGAGGAGCCGGAAGAGACGGAAGAGGAGGCGGAGGAGGGGAAUGUAGAAAAGGUGUAUUUGAGGAAGAUGAGAGAGGUGCUGGAGAGGCAGGCAGAAGAGGUGAGGAUUAUGGCGGGCUUGGGAGCCAUUUAG